GCCAACAAGUUAGACUUCACCCAAACAAAAGCCCCGCCCCCAAGACGGGAGACCUGGGCCCCCCCACCGCCGCCGCUGCAGUCCAAGCAGCCUGGCCGACUAGGGAGUCAGAACCCCAAAAAUAACUCCCACGUCAGAGAGCCCAAGACCCGUGCUCGCCCAUCGCCACAGCCGCCACCGCCGUCCAUGCAGGCAGGCCGACCAGGGAGCAUGAAAUCCAAAAAAAGCCCACACCCCAGGGGCACGUACACCCUGGCCCGCCCUCCGCCGCUGCCGCCGCCAUCGCCGAAGAAGCCAGGAGAACCAGGGAGCCUGAAACCUAAAAAAAGGCGCCUCCCGGGAUCUGAGACACGGGACGCCCACCGUCCACCGCACACCGCUAACCGCCCACCGCCGCCACCAACAAACAGCGAGACACGGGACAGCCCACCGGCCCCACCGCCGCCUCCCCAGCAGCCAGUUCUACUGAGGAGCCUGAAUCACAACAAAAGCCCUCCCCCCACCCGGGACUACAGACACAGGCCGCCCACCUUCCACCCGACACCGCCCACCGCCGCAGUUGUCCAAGCAUGCAGGCCAACCAGGGAGCCUUCACCGAAACCAAAGCCCCGCCCCCAGGACCGGAGACCAGGGCACGCCCACCGCCGCCUUCAUCGUCCAAGAACUGAGGCUGACCAGGGAUCCUUCACCCCAAAAAUAUUCCCCACCCCACGGGGACCCGAGACUACCACGCCCCCACCGCCGCUGCCGCCGCCACUGUCUAAGCAGUCAGGCCGACCAUGGAGCCUGAACACCUACAAAAGACCGGCCACCUGGGACCCUGACUCGGGCCGCCCAUCACCGCCGCCGCCGCGAUCCAAGCAGCCAGGAUGA